UCCUUCACUUUCCUUUUUAUUUCUUUCUACCGACUUGUGUUUGACGAUCAAAAACUCAGUGGGAUAAGAGGCAUCACUGCCAGCUACGGUGUGAAGAAGAGACGUGAGUGAGGGUUAGAUCUGAAGCUCUAUCAGCCUUGUUAGCAUGGCUAUCAAGUUGAAGCUGUUGAUUGACAAGGAGAAAAACCGAGUGGUGCUUGCCGAAUCCGACGAGUACUUUGUUGAUACCCUCUUCAGCUUCUUGACAAUACCAAUAGGUUCUGUAGUGCGACUCAGCAGCGGGAAAUCCAAUAUUGGAUGCAUGGAUGCAUUGCAAGAGAGUGUAAAGAAUCUCGAUUCUCGGUAUCUACAGACAGAGGCUGUGAGGGAGAUGUUGCUCUGCCCGAGAAGCGCGUGUGAAGCUCGAACCAAGGAUCUAGCACUAAAUGUCGAUACGGAGCUGACAAGGUAUUACAGAUGUACAUCAUCAUGUAUCGCAAGGUGCAAACCCUUGUUCAGUACUGUUAAGAAUGUCCGAUGUCGCUGUGGACAAGUGAUGGCUAACGAGGUGGUUCUUGAGAAGUCAAAGCCGGCUGCGGACGGUAUCAAUGAGGGAGUCUUUGUGAAGGAAACAAUGAGGUUUAUCAUAGGCGAUGAUCUACGGGUGAGCCCCAUUUCCACGGAGACCUCCCUGUCUCAGCUUGUCAAGCAUGGUAUCAGGGACUGGACUACUCUCGAGGAGAAGAGUGUGGACGUGGGUGCCAAUGAGGCUUUACAUAUACUGAGACGAUUGUUCGUCUCCACCACACCUUUGACGGACGUGUUUCUGCGGAAGCCUGAGGCUCUUGAGGAUGCUUUUGACUCCCUAAAGUUAAGCCCCGAAGACAUUGUCAUAGAUAAGAAAGACACUAGAAAGGAAAUGAGUUUGAAGCUUCUGAUCAACAAAUCCAAUAACAAGGUGGUGUACGCAGAGGCCACAAUUGACUUUUUGGACCUUCUAAUCAGCUUCCUCACCUUCCCUCUUGGAUCCGUAGUAAAGCUCUUGGGCCCAGGUUCUUCUAUCGGAUGUUUGGAUAAUUUGCACAAAAGCGUGGAGGAUUUGAGCGGUGGCGACGAUUGUAUCAUAUCGGAGGAUUGCAGGGCCAUGCUACUAGACCCCAAGCUAUCGCUACAUUCAGGUUGUGACUCCCAGCUACUGCCAGUCGUGGAGGCAGGCCCUAAGACAAUCGACUCGUCUAAGUUUAGUAGUUGUUUUGUCUGUGGCGCAGACAAUAAUGACCACUACUACUUUGGCUGCAGUGGUGCCACGAACCGAGAAUUCCAUUUCAUAAAUCCGAAGGUGAGUGGUGCGGCCACAGAGUGUGGAGGAGGAUUUGUGAAGGGACCAAAUAUGAAGUUUAUGGUAACGGACGGGUUGGAUGUGAAGCCUCUAUCGUUUAUUUCGGGCAUUCCCAUCCUUUACAGAUUCAACGUGCCCAUCAGCGAUGUACAGAAGCGAGUAGUAAGCGUGGGCGUGGAAGAGGCUCUCUCUCUCCUUAAGGCUUCUUUGUUCUCCAGGACAGUUCUGAGCGAUGUCUUCUGUCAGAAGAAUGCAAAUCAAUCUGAAAUCAAAUUGGAACGCAAAUGACAAUAUCAAUUAGAUGGCUAGGAUUGUCUUAUUUUGAACCAUGCCUUACUAUGACAUGGAGGAGUAUAUCCGCUAUCUUUUCUUGUUAUAAAAACUUGGAUUUGUAAUUGA